AUUGUACGGGCUUAAAAAAUAACCGUAGCCUAUAUUAUUAUUAUUAUCAUUAUUAUUAUUAUUAUUACGUUUAUUACUGUUAUUAUUAUUAACACAGGGUACGGAUCUUUUGAUAAAGGAAACAUGGAGACUGUGUGGAUCUCUUCAUCGCCUUUAUUUGGCUGGACCAGAGCUACUGUAAUGUUGCAAUGCCUCCAUGCAAACCUCCGCUGACUCGAUUUCCCACCUUGUUGCCGCCGUGUGAUGGUGUCUUGUCUCUUAAAUAAGUCGUGGACAUUUAGAAAAACUACCCUGCUGAAGUAGGAUAUAUUUGUACCCUCCGCGUGCUCUCGAGGCUGCAGGAUAAUGAGAAAUGCUGGCAUCCCUUUAAUGUCUCCGGAGAAGAAGAGUUUAUUUUGUAACCGAGGGCUCGUCACCAUCACAAAUGUAGCCCAGCAGAGGCGACUGAAGCAGGCCGCUGCACAGAGACGGGGGCGGGUUUGUUGUGCUGAGAGACUCGGCUGCUGGAUGCUGAACAUGGUGCCACUUUCCUGCUCUGUAUUGAAUACCUGCCGACCAGGCGUCGUCCUCUUUCUUUAAUUCCCUCAGCUGUCUUUUUUUUAAAUGGACAGGGCUUUUUUGUUUGGAGGUAUUCAGGGAUGUUGAACCGGCUCAUGAGUGGCCAUGCAUGUAGGAUUUACUCUGGACUGGCUUGAGGGGAUGUAGGGCGAAUAUCCAGCGGAUAUUUCCAUACACACACACACACACACACUUCAGAGGAGGAAUCAGCCCGUGUUCAUGGAGAUGGCAGGCGGGGGAGGUGCAUCUACGCUGGACUGGAUGAGAAAAAACGAGGACCCCUGCUCAGAGGAUUUCAAACACAGACUGCAGUUUUAAUUCGAAGCUUAAAUAGUCCAUAUUUCUAUCUCAAAUUAAUCCGUUGUGGCUUUAUUAUCACUUUAGUGUCUCUGUGGCUCAAACUGAAAUCAUGAGCCCAGAUUUUUUUUUUUUUUUUUUUGAAUUCAGAUGAUCUGCUCUUACAUGUAACAGCAACAUAGUCACUUUUUAAGUGAGUAGGUUAAGCUUUUGUUAACUGAGAGAAAAAUGAGAGUAAACAUUUAUGGAACGAGGAACUUUUUACACUGAAGACAUCUUUCUAAAUGAUCGUUGGACCUGCGGCUUCUGAGACACACGUCAACAGCCGGGGGCAGCUUUCUAUAAAACACAAUUGUGGAAACAGUCAGUUGGGUUUUUGGAGGGGGGGGGGGGGGCUUCACUCAAGGAUCUAUAUGACCCGCUGAACAUUGUCCCCGAGUGAACCUGCCUUUGGGAAUACAUGUUACUUACACACUCUGUAUCAACAGCACAGCAGCAACCGGUGACAGGAUUUGGCACACUUUCAAGCGGGCGAUGUGGUGACAGGGGGGAGCGGUCACAGCCUCCUCUGAUCCCCUCACCCCCCCGCCCACUGGUGGUCGAGGACACCUCGUCUCUGUAGAUGGGCCCUGUAUGGAUUUUGUGCUUGAGUUGACAGAGGGCAGGCCCACAGAGUCAAACAGCAACCAGGCUGCCAUGAACCCAUACGGCAGAGUGAGCAGCACAGCGGCCCCCCUGUCCUGCACCAGCUGUGGGGGCUGCUGCUCUCCGCCUCCCCCUUGUCUAAUCCCACCAGGGCCCCCUUCUUCUUCUACCUCCUCCAUGCCUCUAAAUAUGACCCCUCCACCACCAAUGUGUCCGGCCCCUGCCAUGCAGGAGGAGAAUGGAAGCAGCUGGAACUCCUCCACGAUGUCUUCCUCAGACUCUCCGGACUCCCAUCCUGGUCACCGCUGCAGGGGCAACAACCCCAACCCCUACUGGACGGCGGUGUUCGACUAUGAGGCAACAGCAGAUGAGGAGUUAACCCUGCGGCGUGGGGACCUUCUUGAGGUCCUCUCCAAAGACUCCAAAGUGUCCGGGGAUGAGGGCUGGUGGACGGGGAAGAUCCAGGACAAGGUGGGUAUCUUUCCAAGCAACUAUGUUACAAGAGGGGGCUCCGCCAACUACCAGCAGCUGACUGCAGGAGGGCUGGUGGCAGGCAGGGUUGGUGAUUGUCCCUUGGAGAUAGACUUCUCAGAACUGCUCCUGGCGGAAGUGAUUGGAGCUGGAGGAUUUGGGAAAGUGUACAAAGGUGUAUGGCGGAGAGAAGAAGUAGCAGUUAAAGCCGCCAGGCAAGACCCAGAUGAGGAUAUAAGUGUCACAGCAGAGAGCGUUCGACAGGAAGCCCGGCUCUUCUGGAUGCUCAGGCACCCCAACAUAAUCACUCUGCGGGGGGUCUGCCUGCGAGAGCCCAACCUGUGCUUGGUGAUGGAGUAUGCCAGAGGGGGGGCUCUGAACCGAGCGCUCGCUGGGAAGAAGGUUCCUCCACGUGUUCUGGUGAACUGGGCGGUCCAGAUCGCCACAGGAAUGGAUUACCUGCACAACCAGGCCUUCGUACCCAUCAUCCACAGAGACCUCAAGUCCAGCAAUAUCCUCAUCCUGGAGCCGGUGGAGCGGGAGGACUUGAGCUGUAAAAUCCUGAAGAUCACAGACUUCGGUUUGGCCAGGGAAUGGCACCAGACGACCAAAAUGAGUGCGGCGGGGACGUACGCCUGGAUGGCCCCGGAGGUCAUCAAGCUCUCCCUCUUCUCCAAGAGCAGUGAUGUGUGGAGUUUCGGUGUCCUGCUGUGGGAGCUGCUGACCGGCGAGGUUCCCUACAGGGAGAUAGACGCUCUGGCCGUGGCUUACGGUGUCGCCAUGAACAAGCUGACUCUCCCCAUCCCCUCAACGUGCCCUGAACCUUUCGCUCAGCUGCUGGGAGAGUGCUGGAGCUCGAACCCACGCAGCAGACCCUCCUUCACCAGCAUCCUGAGAAGACUGCUGGCCAUCGAGCAGUCGGCCAUGUUUCAGAUGCCUCUGGAGUCGUUCCACUCGUUGCAGGAGGACUGGAGGCUGGAGAUCCAGCAGAUGUUUGACGAGCUGCGGGCCAAAGAGAAGGAGCUGAGAUCUUGGGAGGAGGCGUUGGCUCGGGCGGCUGAGGAACAGAGGGAGCAGGAGGAGCAGCUGAGGAGGCGAGAGCAGGAGCUGGCCGAGAGGGAGAUCGACAUCGUGGAGCGAGAGUUGAACAUCAUCAUCCACCAGGUGUACCAGGAGAAACCCAGCGUGAAGAAGAGGAAGGGUCACUUCAAGAAGAGUCGUCUGAUGAAACUUGGCAGAGACAGCAACUGCAUCAGUCUGCCAUCUGGCUUUGAACAUAAAAUCACAGUCCAGGCGUCUCCCAGCGUGGACAAGAGGAAGACUCAGGGCAGCGAGAGCACCACCCCACCUGCCAGCCCGGGAGUCAUACCCCGGCUGAGAGCCAUCAGACUGACGCCGAGUGACGGCAGUAAGACGUGGGGACGCAGUGCCGUGUGCAAGAAGGAAGACCUGACGACCAGCAAGAAGAAGGGACGCACCUGGGGACCGAGCUCCACCCACCAGAAAGAGAGGGUCGGCGGGGAGGAAAAACUGAAAUCGCUGGGUGAAGGAUGCAAAGUGUGGUCGUCCAGUGCACCAAAUCUUGGGAAGUCCCCUAAACAUGCACCUAUGACAGCCGGCUUCUCCAGCCUCAAUGAAAUGGAGGAGUGCGGUGAGUUUGAGGAGUCCCCGGGGUCCAUGCAGCCCUCAGAGACCAGCAGCAACGGGGCCACGGAGGACUCGGGGUCCCUUUGGAGCAGCCUGGGCCCCAACACGUUACCUGCUGGUGUUGGCUCAUGUCAUGGAUCCGGGUCAAGCCUGUGGACGGGGGCAAGCUACCAGGACUCGCUCCGCCGCAGCAGCCAGAGGAAGAAGAGCGACAUGUUGCUGCUGGGCUGUGCCUCUCUGCUGGCGUCUGUCGGCUUCGGGCAAGACCUGCUGCAGCUCGGAAAACUGCAGGUGGUUCAGGACGAGCAGGACCUCAAAGAGGAGCAGCGGAAGAAGAAGGACGGUCUCUUCCAGCGCACGGGACGUUUCCGUCGCAGCACCUCACCGCCCAGCAGAAACCUCUCCCUCUCCCUCUCCAGACAUCACGACUCAGCCCUCCCCUGCCUUGACCCCUCCCCGUCCGUCACACUCCUCUCCCUGUCCUCUCUGUCCGACUGCAACUCCACCAAGUCCCUCCUCCCCUCCGACCCGGACGAUUACCCCCUGACCCCGAUGACAGGGGUCAAAACUCCGGCAGCAACGCCGGCUCCCGCCCUCAACCCGCUCCUGGACCUGCGGGCAGAGAGCUUCAAGAAGGAGCCCAACCAGUCGCUCACGCCAACUCACGUGUCUGCAACCAUGGCCUUGAACAGAGGACACAGACGGACGCCUUCAGAUGGGGCAAUACGACCUCGAGCUCAGACUCUGGGACAUCACAGGACGCCGUCAGACGGGAGCAUGCCCAUGCCUCCUCCACCUGGAGUACAACACAGGUCCUCUAACAAAGGAACCUCAGAUAGCCUGGACUUCCCUCGCCUUCCCGACCCCUCCACCAUUUUCCCGAUCCCUCAGCGGCGUAAAGCCCCGGCUCCACCAAUACCUGACCAACGUCCUCUCUGCCUCAUAAGCCCCCUGGAGAGACCCAAGACUCUUGAAUUCGCACCCAGGCCUCGGCCCACUCCGGCCAGGAUGAGAGCCGACCCCUGGAAGCUGGGCUCUCUCUCUCGGACCCUCAGCUCUUCCCCGGGCAGCAGCUGUGACAGCCCCCUGGAUUCUGGGGACAGCAGCAGUGCCGGCACCACAAAACCCAACCUGAUGGACAUGGACGUGGAGGGCCAGAGCUCGGACCGCACUGUCCCCCUGGCCACUGUGUUCGGACAAGAGUAGUCAUGGGGGGAAAAACAGCAAGUGAACAUUUUCAAGUUUUUACCACCAAACGUGAACCAGGACAUAAAAGCUCAAGCCGAAAAAUAAAUCACAAGUAUCGUUAAAAGCCGUUUCCUUUGACGUCACGCUCAGAGUGGGAAGCUCAAGAGAUGUUUUAUUCCAGUUUUGAAGUCAUUCAGACAUGUGAUUGGGGAAAAUCGUCAGGGGAAAUUUGCCAAUAUUCAAAAGUAAAAAGACAUCUAACAUCUAAUAAUCUAACUUUAUUUAACAGCUAAUAGCAUUCAAGCUCUUACUAUGUUUCAUUAGCCAAAAUUACAUUAGCUCCAAUGAUGUUCACCAGUUUUCUGUUUCAAGCUUACGUUUAAAAUUAGCUAAGAAUUAAAGCUACCAAACUACGGGUUAUAUUAGCUUUUUAUUUUACUUUCUAACUAACACAAAUAGUAUCUAACAAGUAGCUGGAUGCUAACAACUAGCCUUUGUUGACCACUGCUAAUAGGUUGUUGUGAUUUCAUCUUUGAACAAAGCAGCAUCCGCCAAUAUUGAAAAUAAAUCCAAUACGAGUGUAAAAAGCUGCAGUUCCUUAAGUGUCCACUUGACACUGGUUUCUAAAACCAAAGAUUUGCAUUAGGUCCCAUGUUAAAAAGCUACAGCAAAAAGAAUCACAUUUAUAAACGGGUACAAACACAUGGGUUUAUUUUCUGUAGCUCAUUUCUUCUUCUUGGUAAAAUCUGUACAGAUUAGACUUUAUAUAACUCAUCUGUUUGGAUGAUAUUAAGGCUGAGAGUUCCACAUAUAUUUGCACAAUUAGGGGCGUGGCUGAUUGAUUGACAGACGGGGGAGUUGUAGCUGUACGCUGGGAGGGUAAAGGCCCCCGCCUCAGCUCCACCUCCUUUCCUGUUUCUAGAUUAAUCAGAAGUUAUAUAGAGGUAGCUUUCCCAAUAUGGCAGCCACCAUCUUCAGAAGCCCAUGGUCGAUGUCACUGAGACUACAUUCAUGUUUAGUACAGUCUGUGCUUUGACAUCAUUUAUCCUUCGGUCUGUUGUCUUUUUAGUUACCCAUCCAUCAGGAGGCCCGAGAACAGUUUAACAGAAUCAGGCACGCUAAAUAUGACUGAGAACUCAGAACAGAGCCGUGCGGUAAUGAAACAGCAUAAGAGCUUACCAACCUGAGCGCGGCCUUAGAGGAACAUGGCCGCAAUCAAUGGCAACGGUCGAUGCCUACUGAUGUCUGAGCCAAGCAAAGUGCACUCACUCAAAAUUGGCAAAAACACCCCUUGUCGUUUUUUGAGGCGUUUUUAGGCGGUUCAUCUCGUGUGUCCUAAUAAUAAUAAGGUGUGAAACCUUCAAGCUAGCAGCUACCUGCUAGUGUUCUCCAACCUGCACCACACUGAGGGACCUGCAGGCCUUUUAUAACCCAACUUACCCAGCACUUUCUUCCCUCCUCAGAAGCCAUCUUAACCUGCUUCCUAGUGCUCUCAUGACCCGAUUGCGUUUCCUAUAACACCUUUCAAAAGCCAUUCAAGUACUUUAAAAAGCCACUUUUUGACUUUGCUAACUGUUCGUUCCACCUGCUUGUGCUUCUGCCUGUCCGCUUUGUGCUUGCACUUAAGAAAAUGUUGAUUAACAUUUCAUCUAAAUGUCCAUCCCUUCAGGAGUGUUUCCCUUACCGAAAGGAGGAGCUGGACUGCUUUGGGAUUCUUAAUAGAGAGUGUUUUUGUUUGUUAUUUUGCACGCAGUGUCUUCUGCUAGUGCACGAACAUCUCCCAUGAAGCUUCUACAUUCAUCCUCAUACAGUAUGUGUCAUCUCUCUACACGAGGGUCAUCAUCCUCUUCCUUACAAUGCUGAGACAAGAAAAAGCCUCUUUUCACAGCUCUGCUGGACUGGUUCUCUCCUCAGCCUUGUACAGUUAAAAAAAACAAAAACUGUUUAUUUUCCCGUGGCGACCUGCUAGCAAAAUGUUUUUUGUUUUUUUUUCUAUUGGUUUGGCAGACCUGCAGCUGUGUGUUUCUCUCUGUGUGAGUGUGUAUAUAUUACUGUACAUGUGUGGAAGAACAAAACUGGGCUCUUUUAUAAUUUGCGUGCUGGUGCUUUUCAGUGCAUGUUGUUUUAUGUGUGGAUGCCGUUUCACUCUGUCACGUUUUCAUCUGUUAGUCCGUUUUGGGACAAAAACAUUCCACACUCUGUUUGGAUGCCGUUCGUUCAUGCCACUGGAAUGGACACUAAAGAGAAGGAGUCCGAGGGGGAUUUCCCGUAGGACUGGUUGGACACUUUGUAUUCUCCUCUGACCUGUUGUGCUCAAUCGCAGUGGCACUUUUGGAGCCAUGCUGUGCACGUAAACAGCCUCUCUGUUGACUCUACUCACGGGCUGACCAAUCAACUUUUUCUGCAGAGUUGAUUUUACACAUGGGACGGAGGUAUUUACUUGACAGUGCAAAUUUCUCGAGGUGAGUAUGUGAGUAUGUGUGUAAGAGUCUGAAUAUGUGUGUGUUGUUAUUUGUAUGGGAUGAUGACAAUCCCGUCGGUAAAAGAGUGAGCCCAAACUCAUUCUCCUCGUGUGGUUAAGAACACUGAGUAUUUAUUAAAUUAAUUGUUAUUAUUGGAAAGGAUUAAAUAUUAUUAUUAUUAUUAUUAUUAUUACAAUGCUCUUCCUGGGAUAUCUGUAUAUAUUUGUUAAUAUAACAGGAGAAAGAAAAAACGGGGAAAACCUCAGAAUCUGAAACCUCCAUGUCGUCUCCAGUCUCAACCUGUGACAUUUCUGGGUUCAAUGAGGAAAAAGUGUGCAAUGUGAUGAAUGAGAGACAAAAUAAAAUACAAAGAAAGAUGA